GGCGAUUUCGGCUGCGCGAAGAUGGCGUCCUCCGGCGCCGCCGUCGGAUCCGGAGCUCCGGUCACGCUGAAGGAGCUCCGUCCGCCAUCUCCUCUCUUCGCCGACGGGGCUUCUCUUCGCGUCCUCGGCAAGUUACAAGAGUAUUCUGUGGAGACUACCAUAGCGAUGAUUGUCGAUGGAGAUGCUAGUCUGAAGAUAGACACACAGCAUCUGAGGGAUCUUAGUUUUCGUGUCGGCUCAACGUACCAGUUCAUCGGCGAACUCCAGAUUCAACCUGAUAAUGAGGCGGUGUUGCGGGCUCGAGUGGGUAGAAAUGUCGACGGCCUCGACCUGAACCUCUACUAUCAGUCUUUGCAGCUUGUUAGGCAGUUUCAGGCCGAACGCGCAAGGUAUCAAUCAACUUAACAUACCUUUCUACUGAGAGAGGAUCUUCAGAAGUUCUUUUAGGAAAGACAUGAGGGUAAACAAACCGAUGAAACCGUUUUCUUGUCAACCCCUCGGUAUCAACAGCAGUGACGGCGGUUGGGAUUAUGUCUGCCUGGACGGAUUAAUUUUUUUUUGUAAGUGAAGGGAGCUGGAAGUGACGCUCGGUUGUUGAAACAACAGACGAUGAUGAACAGUUGAACACUGCUUGUUCUUAUUGUGGCAGCAUUGGAAUUGUGUGAAUGGGCUAGAGUUUCCCUGUUUAUUCCA